AUGGUGUUNAAACCUCAACUUCAUGGCCUCAUAAUUGCUACAUGUGCCUCAGGCAAUAUGGGAAACCUUAUGCUUAUUCUGGUCCCUGCCAUCUGUGACGAGGAAGGCAGUCCUUUUGGGAAUCGGAGUGUCUGCAGAUCCAUUGGACUCUCCUACGCAUCUUUCUCUAUGGCCCUCGGGGGUUUCUACAUAUGGACGUACAGUUACCAACUAGUGAGAAGUUCUGCUACGCAGUUUAAAGCUCUUGCAGCCGCUGGGAUGGUUAAGUCUCCCAACAAGGACAUCGACUCUGAUCCCCAUACUCUUCUCCUCAAGCCGCACCAAAACCAAGACCUUGAAAUCCAAGGCAAACAAAAGGUGUCUACGAGGACAUACAUCAAGGACUUGCUCCAUCAGAUUCUUGAGGAACUCUUCGCACCACCCACAAUUGGUGCCAUUCUUGGCUUCGUCUUCGGAGCAACCAAUUGGCUAAGGAAUCUUAUAAUCGGGGAAAAUGCCCCGCUGCGAGUCAUCCAAGACUCAGUAAAGCUACUUGGGGACGGGACAAUUCCUUGCAUCACACUCAUACUGGGGGGAAACCUGAUUCAGGGACUGCGUUCCUCAGCCGUGAAGACAUCAGUGAUUGUGGGAGUGAUCUGUGUGCGCUAUCUCAUCCUUCCCGUGGUGGGAGUCGGGGUGGUCCAAUUAGCAGGAAAUCUAGGCUAUCUUCCUCCGGACCCUCUCUUCCGAUACGUUCUCAUGCUUCAGUUCACACUGCCGCCGGCCAUGAAUAUCAGCACAAUGACACAGCUGUUCGACGUGGCUCAAGAUGAGUGCUCGGUCAUCUUCUUGUGGACCUACCUGGUUGCAUCCUUAGCACUGACCGUCUGGUCAACCAUCUUCCUCUCCAUCCUCUCCUGAAUCUGAUUUGAAAAGAGAAAAGGGGUUUGUUGUUGGUCUUCUUUCAUAUUGUAUGGGGUGUAUAAAACCUUUUUGUUUUGUUUUGUUUUGUUUAAUACUCUUCUCAUCAUCGUAUGUAGUAGUAGUAUUUGAUUCAUUCUCACAUGUUGCCAAAAUAAAACAGAAAGACAACAAUUUCCACAUAUGUAAAUGAGCGGAGCGUUUCGUGGGCUAGAAAAAAAAGGGAAUGAGGUGUUCAAAGCCCGAAAGAGAGAGCCCAAAUAGAACUCGAGGAGAGGCGUGUUCAAGUUGGCCACAGAAACCCGAGGAGGGAGAGAGACGUGCGCUGCAUCUUCCACGUUGCUUUGCUUCGAUUGGUUCAAAGCUCUUUCAAUCAUUUCUGAAACUUCUACACAGAUGUCCUCUUCUCCUUUCCUACCCUUUUGUUUUUUUAAUUAAUGUUUG